UGUUCGAUUUCUUUUGGUUUCAGUUCACGUGCCGGACGUCGUAGUUCCUUCUUUUUUUUUCGAAGCAGUACAAAUUCGACCGUCGAGUGCUCGAAGUGUCCUCCGGAGUCCAAACUCCACCAAUCCGUCUCCUUCGCGGAAGUCUUAAUUUGCUAUCAUCGCGCCAUCUGCGGGUAGAAUGCUCGUUAGCUAGCGCCAACUCGAAGCAACACGAAGUAAGGAAAAGAGAUACGAAAAGCAAGAUGCGUCUGGUUUGGGCGAGUUUCGUUAUUGGCGUCGUCGGACUGUUGACCUCUGAAAGGGCCUUUGUUUCCGGAAACCCAUCCCCUUCACAGGAUGCUUUUAUCACCCAAACGGUUUACGGAUUCUUGGAUUUCACCACAACGAUUGGCAACACGGUCAUGAUAUUUUCCCCGCAAAGUGCGACACCAGAAGGGGACACAAAGCCAUCCCAACCGGCCGCAAACGUGAUUGACACAAAACCUACAACACUCUCGAAAGAAAUCAUUAUCAAACCAAGCAAAACCGUCCACAAGGAAAUUCAAAUUAAAUCGGAAGUAAAAGAAAUUAUUUCCGUUGUAAAUACGGAACCAAAGAAAAUUAUACAAUCAAGCGUAGUCGAAGUGAAACCUAUUAUAGCGAGCAAAGUUAGCGUCGUAAACGUGGAACCUAUUACAUUAAGUAAGGUGGAAGUAGUUUCAGCGAAAAAAGAAAUAAUCUCGAAAGUUGAAGUCGUUUCAUCAUCAACAAAAUCACCACCAAUUAUAGUAAGUAAAGUGGAAAUUAUAGAAGAUAAACCGUCGAUAGUAUCUAAAGUUGUCGAGGUACAAAUCGACGAAGAACCCGCCGUGAUUGUUGGUAACAACAUCGGAGAGCCCGAAUACGACUUCUUAUCGCGACAACCAUCCGAAGUCGUCGAGGAAACUUAUAAAGUGGUAAAUUUAAAACCCAGUUCCAAGUUUAGACUAAAACAUCGAUCGACCGCCGAUGCGAAAGCAAAACCGACGAAAAGAGUCGAUUCGCAACAUCCAACCGGUUUAGUUACGAAAUUAGGAGGAACUGUAGUUAAAGAUGGUGUUACCACGGUCCACGAGACCAGCGUAAUAGGAACAUACAUUUCCGGGAAGUACGCGCAAGUGCUACAAAGCACUUCGCAUGUGUACAAUAAGCACCAAAAGGGAAAAAUUAAUCCCUCCUCAACUUUAAGGAUACUGAAAACGGCGGCACCUUCCAUCGGUAAAAGCAAUAAACACAAUAGGCACUUGGAGCCGACUCCGUCGGGGUCUAUUAACGAAGAGACCGCCCUCAUCGAAGGCCCGUCCGGGAAAGGAGCACGGAAACAAGGAGGAUCCCAGUUUAAGAGAUUUAAAAAUAAACAGCGCGAGCAAGAAAUAGAGGAAAACGAAGCCCAAGACUUGGAAAAUCACCACAAGCGCAAUUUUAAAUCCAGACCGACAGCUCAACAAUCCUCCAGAAAACAGCACACCACACUCAGACCUAAAAAACGGGGUGGCAAUAGGUCGAAACAAUCGAAACCUUCAACUGUCUCUGUACACAGCGAGCAAACAACAUCACCACCUUCAUCUUCAUCAAAACGUUACGGCUCGUCUCGACGAAGUAAAGCGAAAGUGUCAACUACACAAGAAUCUUCCCCAAGCCACUCUUCAUCCCGAAGAGGUUACAAGCCGAAAGCCGUGCAACCAACUCCCGCCGAGUCAAGCGACCAAACCACUAGUUUGUACAAGUUUAAAUUGAAUAGGUCCCCCGGAAGAUGGCAAUACAAGACGACAGCUAAGCCCAGAGUGAACAUCAGAAAGCAAUCUGAUGAUGCAGAGGAAAACAACGACGCUUCUCAGCAGGAUUCCGCCUCGGCUAAUGACGUCGUAACGCCGCAGGCUCGAUCCGACGACACCGAAGGUCUCGUAGGAUCCGAAUCCAUCGCGACCCUCAUCGACGACGAAAAUUCAACCGAGAACAAGCUGGACUCGUCGCACCCUCUAGAAACCAUCAAAGUGGAAAUUUCCACGCCCCCGGACUUUAAGGACAUUUAUUACGAAAUAGCUACCAUCAAAUCGCCCUACACUUUUCAGGUGGGAAGUGUCAAGAACACUCGCUUCAUAACAGUAACUUCAACAUUCGAGAAGAGCUUAGAUAGGACGGAGUCGACCAUCUCACCAACAAUGACCGAACCGCUAACGGAGAACAUUCUAGCAACGUCCAGUAAUUACGCGAAGGACAAUAACUACCUAGAUUCGAGUGUGGCGACGUUGCCGCACCUUUACUUGGCAUCCGAUAUGGAGACUCCGCCGUUAGAAACGGUCACCGAAACGUUCAGUACGACACAAACUAUGUUGAAGACACACAUCCUGCCCGUAAUCAAGGGUGGAAACGAGACAACCAGUUACACUUUGGUUCAAACUUUCCACAUCUCCAGACUCGUUACCGCUACGAAGACUCUCCCACCAAUGGAAGCCUACCAGUUUAUACCCAGCAGAACCUUGAACGAGUUCAAUAGUCACCUGGACGAAGCAGGAUCCGAAUUACACCUGGAGUUAGAGUUUGGAGACGAUAACGACGAAGAGGGAGAUUCUAGGCCGAAGAGGAUCUUCCCCGCAGACUUGGAUUUAGCAAGCAUUGGUUCGGAUAUCUCCGAUCUCUCCGAGGUGGAUAAGAGUAGAAUCCUCGAGGGUAAACGGGCGCGAAAGGAUCACCAUCAGGCGACGACUCCACGCCCUGUUACAGAACCCCCUCCACCUCCAGGAUUAAGCCCCGAACAGUUACAACAGUUGGCGUUCUUGCGUUUACUUAAUCCAGCCGCGGCGGCUCUGCCCCAAGGCCAGGUUUUCACCACCUCGAAACCCGUGCUUAAGGUCGAAACUGUGUACGAGUCCCACGUUAUUCCCAUAGUUAACGGUGGGAACACGAUCUUUACGACCCUCUCCAAGUCCUUAGGUUUGGUAACAAAAACGGAAUACGAAUAUGGAACCAGUACAGUUUCACCUCUUCAAAAUUUACCAAUACCGCCGGUAAAUCCCUUAUUCCCAGUUCAACAACAGCAAGUAGGUCAGUUUGCGGUCACAUCUUCUCCAGUGGUUCAAAGCACAACGGUGACGGCAACCGAAAGUAAAGUUUUGAAGUUAACUUUCGGUGCAAAAACGGCCUAUACUACGAUAUUCUCGACGAAGCUUGUACCAACGCUUUUGACGACUUAUAUGACGGCAUCGGUGCCUGUGCAACCGACGGCUGCUUUUCCAGGUUAUUUCCCAGCACCCUACCCCCCUUUUCCUUACGUCGGUUAAGUGGGAUGAAGAAUUAAAGACUUUUUAAGUGCUAAAGUGACUAUAAACUUUUAAACCCUCCAUAAACGAUUUUGUAUAUAUAAUGUAAAAAAGAGACAAUUAAAAUUUCCUUACUUAUUUUAAAUAUU